GUGAAAGAAGCGUUGAAAAUGUGGUUGAGUAAUGAACUGAGUGGACCCCACAGUUCCCUUCCCCAGGUGCAACGCGGGAACGGAAUGAAUCACUCCUCAUAAUUUCCGUUUCCUAUUCCUUCUUCACAACCCAACCCUCGCACGCUUUCUUUAUUCUCUCCCUCUUUACACUUAUUAGAUUCUCUAAUCCAAUCUUCUUCCGCAGAGCAACAAACAAACGAUGUAUCCGAAGGUGAAGGUCAGGCACGAUCACGACUCCGAACUCGGUCUCAAAGCUUUCCUCUCGCUAUAUUUGAACCCCUCUCCUUCUCCAGUGACGGACAGGAAAGUUGUUACCAUGCCAUCGAUUGUCAAAGCACCAAAGUGUUAUGUGCCGCAGGUAACUAUUCCAAGAGUCCCUGUAACUGAAGAUUCUGGAGACUUCAGUUUGUCACCUGAUUCUUCAGGAGCUACAGGAUCUGAGAAGGAUGACAGUAUCGAUGAAAAUAAAGUAAAUAUUAGAGCCAGUUCAAUUCCUCCCCCUCGUGCUGUCAUUUCUAGUCCUGAUGAGAUAUCUGUGUGCAUGCUAAUUGGAUAUCUUACAGAGCUGACCUCAUUCUGUUUCAAUUUUGCACUUAGAUAAUGACGUAAUGAUCGGAAAUAGAAACAAGAUUAGAGAUGGAAGACUUUCUGCUUCAAAGAAUGAUGCUGUGUUACCAAAUAGACAUGCGCACUGUAAAGUUAAAUCACAUGACAUUACUGAUAUUCCUCCAGACACAAGAAAACACAGGGAGCAUGGGUCCAAGGAUAAAAUUGAUCAUGCACAGUGUAAAGUUAAACCACAUGACGUUACUGAUAUUCCUCCAGACACAAGAAAACACAGGGAGCCUGUGUCUAAGGAUAAAAUUGAUCAUGUAGGAAAGAAAAAGGUCCUUAAAGGCAGCAUAAAAUCCGAAAAUGCACCUAGGAACUGGAAAUUUUAGUUCUAUGUAAUCUUGGAGCAUUGACUAGUCCCAAGUUUUUUUGGUCAGCAAAGUGUAAUAUGAUCUUAAUCUAGGAAUAGGUUCCCUCCCAAAGAGAAAAAGUGAGAAUAAAACAGUGUUUGCUUUGAUGUAACCACAUCGGAAUGCUUCAUACUUCCGCAACAAUAUUUUUAAUGUCCACUUGAUGCGUGUUUGUUAGAUUUUUCAUGGAAGAAGCCUAUGCCUGAAGUGUCGCAUGUCUUCCACUUUCCCCCCGUUUUUUGUAAGAUUGUACAAGGAAAAAAUAUAUGAUGUAGCAGUGCAAAACAAGAUACGAGAUAAAACAUUCAGAACUAACUGCAUUGGUUCUCAA